CAUUAUAUUGGGCUGCAGAGUAUAGGCACACAGAAAUAGUCAAAUUUUUAUUAGAAGUAGAAGCUGAAGCUGAUAAUAAACCAAAUUUAAAUCUUGUUUAUUUUGCUACAGAGAGAAAUUAUGAAAAUGUUGUUAAGUUACUAUUAAAAGAAAAAGCUUGUCACAGUCCAAUAUUACAUUAUGUUGCAGGGAAAGGAGAUAUUAAAAUUAUCAAGUUUUUGUUAGAAAAUAGAGAUAGUAUCGAUGAUAUUGAUAAAGAUAGUAGAACACUGCUACAUUGGGCUGCAUUUGAAGAUCAUAAAAAAACUAAUGGUCAUAUUGAGAUUAUUCAAAUUUUAAUAGAAAAUGGUGCAGACAUUAAUGCAAUAAAUAAAAAUGACUGGAAACCAAUACACAUAGCUAUAAUUUCAUGUUCAUGCCAGGAAGAA